CUCACCUUGUCCCUCCCUCCCCUCUAUGUCAACGCUAAAUUUUCAGUCACUCUACACACCCCGCUGUCUGUAUAACCAUGGCCCUGUUGAAAUCCAGUAAGGUGAUCUGUGGUAUUGGGAGUAUUUCCCCAUCCUUGGGCGUUCUCCCCAGCCGUAACAGCUCAUGGUGGGGGGGAGUGCAGAUGGGCCCCCCUGAUCCCAUCCUGGGGGUGUCUGAGGCCUACAAGAGGGACUCCAACCCCAAGAAGAUGAACCUGGGAGUGGGGGCCUACCGAGAUGACCAGGGCAAGCCGUUCGUGCUCAGCUGUGUCCGCAAGGCGGAGGCUUUGAUUGCUGAGAAGCAGUUGGAUAAAGAGUACCUGGGCAUCGGGGGGCUGGCAGAGUUCACCAAGUCCUGUGCCCAGCUGGCCCUGGGGGCCGACAGUGAGGUCCUGAAGAGUGGCAGGAACAUCACUGUCCAGACUAUCUCAGGAACUGGCUCUCUGCGUAUUGGAGCGAACUUUCUGUCCCGCUUCCACACGGAGGCCCGUGAUGUGUACCUGCCCAAGCCCUCCUGGGGGAACCACACCCCCAUCUUCAGAGACGCGGGCAUGCAGCUGAAGGCCUACCGCUACUACGACCCCGCAACCUGCGGCUUCGACUUCAAAGGAGCUCUGGACGACAUCUCUAAAAUCCCAGAGAAGAGUGUGAUCAUGCUGCACGCCUGUGCCCACAACCCCACCGGCGUGGACCCCCGCCCUGAGCAGUGGAAGGAGAUCUCUGACCUGGUCAAGAAAAGGAACCUGCUGGUGUUCUUUGACAUGGCCUACCAGGGCUUCGCCAGCGGAGACAUCGACCGUGACGCCUGGGCGGUGCGCUACUUCAUCGAGCAGGGCCACAACAUUGUCCUGUCCCAGUCCUUCGCCAAGAACAUGGGCCUCUACGGUGAGCGUGUGGGAGGGUUCACAGUGGUGUGUGCCGAUGCUGAAGAGGCCAAGAGGGUGGAGUCACAGCUGAAGAUUCUGAUCCGACCCAUCUACUCCAACCCACCCAUGAAUGGAGCCAGGAUCGCUACCACCAUCCUCAACACACCAGAGCUCUACACCAUCUGGUUGGGGGAGGUCCAUGGCAUGGCUAACCGCAUCAUCAAGAUGAGGGAGCAGUUGGUGGCUAACCUGCAGAAGGAGGGCUCCACCUGCAACUGGCAGCACGUCAUUGACCAGAUUGGCAUGUUCUGCUUCACAGGACUGAAACCCGAGCAGGUGGAGCGCCUUACCAAGGAGUUCUCCGUGUACAUGACCAAGGACGGACGCAUCUCCAUGGCGGGCGUCACCUCGGGCAAUGUGGGAUACCUGGCACAGGGAAUCCACGCCGUCACCAAGUAGAGAGGGGCAUGCUGGGAGAACAAGGGGCAUGGUGGCAUUGGACAUAAAUACAAUCAGAACAACAACAAUAGUGGAGCUUUCUGCAUUCCCUCUCUCUUCCACCACAUCCACCAUCCCUCAUUCUGUAUGACUGUGGAUGUGGUUUGAUCAUGGCUUCAAUUC